ACUUUUCUCCGGUAACCUUGUCAACAGUAAUUUAGUCAGGAGAAAGUAAGCGGGUCGUGAUCAUUGAUCGUACAUUAUACACUUCGUAGCUCGGAAAUCGUUCGUCUUUUUAAACUUCAGGUUUUUGGUGUUUCUUGGAGAUAUUUUCCACUUGGAAACGUAAAUCUAAAUUUUGGACGGAAAGAUCGACGCAACCAGGAAAUGGCUUCUUCUCUGAUUGCGUCUCUGUUCCUGGUGUCUGUGGUUUUCUGUCAGUUUGUCUCUGCUGCAGAUCCGGUCGCAGUCAAAGCUAAAGCUGGAACAGACGUCACUCUGCCCUGUAAAGCUGCUGGGGGCCAAGCUGUUGUCCAGGCAGAGUGGAGCAGACCCGACCAGGCCUCGGCGCCGGUUCUCCUCUACAAGAACAAGAAGGUGGAUGACAACCAGCUGGUUGCCUAUAAGGGCCGCUCGUCUCUGGUGGACGCAGAGAAAGGAGACCUGUCUCUGGUGCUGAAGAAAGUGGUGGGCAAAGACACCGGAAAGUAUGAGUGCCGAGCCGAGCUGGGAGGAGGAGCUGCAGGCGGAGGAGGAGCGACAGGUGGAGGAGGAACAGGAGGAGGAGGAACAGGAGGUGAAGGAGGAACAGGAGGAACAGGAACAGGAGGAGAAGGAGGAACAGGAGAAGCUUCAGGCCUGACAGGCGGCAAAGGAGGAAGCAGCCGCCACAGUGGAACCAUUUUGAAAAGUGAACCAAUCAGCAUCGUUGUUCUGACAGUGGAAGGUGGGUCCAGCCACGGAGGAGACGGCCUGAAACCCAACACCGUCCUGCCAGUGGGCCUGCUGGCUCUGCUGGCUCUGGUCGCUGCACUGCAGUGAUCUGCUGCUGCAGCUGCAGGUUCAUCCUGCAGGGGGCGCCGAGGCUCUGAAAUAUUAAACGUUAACUUUAAUCUCA